AACAAAAAUGCAAAGUAUGAUACAUAAACCUGCAUUUAGUGAGUGAUACAGUACCUAUGUCUAAGUCAAUAAAGACGUGUAUUAGGACAUAAACUUAAAAUAUUUUUUUAACUUUAAAUUCUCGCUCUAUAAAUUGUUGUAAAAAAACAAAUUCCCAACAGUCACAAAAGUUAUUAAGAAGGAUUAUCAAGUGUUGUGUGUGCCUGCAAUAAAGAAGGCUAAUCUUAAUGUGAAUUUACUAAAGUUAACUAAAUUGUUCAGAUUAAAGAAGAAGUUGUUACUAUGAAGACUGUGAUUUUUGUGAUCUGCGUGGUGUCCAGCUGCCCGGGCCUGGCGAGGGUAGGGCCUGCCGGGAGACAGUUUCCAGAGGACUUCAUGUUCGGGACCUCUUCAGCAUCAUACCAGGUCGAGGGUGCUUGGAACGAGGAUGGCAAGGGCGAGAGUAUAUGGGACAGAUUCGUCCACCGAGACCCACCACCAGCUAAAGAUGGCAGCACCGGCGACGUGGCUAACGACUCUUACCACAAGUACAAACGGGACAUACAGAUGUUAAGAGAACUGGGGGUCAAUACCUACCGCUUCUCCAUAUCCUGGACUCGCAUCCUUCCAACUGGCUUCUCCAACUAUAUAAACCCCCUUGGAGUCCAAUACUAUAACAAUGUUAUAGAUGAGCUGCUCAAGUAUAAUAUAGAGCCGAUAGUGACGAUAUUCCACUUCGAUCUGCCACAGUCUUUACAAGAUCUAGGUGGCUUUGCCAAUCCUCUGAUAGAAGGCUGGUUUGAGGAUUACGCUAGAGUUGUCUUUGGAUUAUACGGGGAUAGAGUGAAGAAGUGGAUCACGAUAAAUGAACCGAGGGAAACCUGCAGUGAGGCUUACGGCACUGUGACGUCGGCACCUGGCCUGAAUUUCUCCGGGUUUGCAGAUUAUCUCUGCGCGAAGUAUGUGCUGAUAUGCCAUGCCAGUGCCUAUCGCCUGUAUGAUAGAGAGUUCAGGGCGUCACAAGGAGGGGAGGUUGGGAUAGCAUACAGUGCCAGCUGGUAUGCGCCAGCGACUGAUUCUGUUGAAGAUGAGCUCGCUACGGAGUUGAAACGACAAUCGGAGUUAACAAUAUACGUAGACCCAGUAUUCUCCGAAGAGGGGGGGUUCCCAGCAGAGCUGUCAACCAGAAUAGCAGAGAAGAGCGCUGAGCAGGGCUACCCAUUCUCACGAUUACCAGCUUUCACAGAAGAGGAGAAGGCAUUCGUGAGAGGCACAGCGGAUUUCCUUGGAGUCAACCAUUACUGCUCCUUCCUCAUAUCAGCUACUAAGAACCUGCAGGAGAACCCCCGUGUACCGUCGUUGGCUGACGAUGUGAAUGUGGGUCUGGUGAUACCGGACGAAUGGCCACACUCGGCUUUGAGCUUCAUGGCGAGAUCCCCCAACAGCCUAUUCAACGUGCUAUCAUAUUUUAACGCCAGAUACAACAAAAACAUAACAUAUUACAUAACUGAGAACGGCUGGGCGGUUGACGAGGGUCUAGAAGGCGAUAGGAUCGCCAAUUACAGAGACAAUCUAGAAGGCGUUCUCGACAGUUUGGACGCAGGAAUCAGAGUGAAGGGGUUCAUGGCAUGGACUCUCAUGGAUAAUUAUGAGUGGAUCAGUGGUUUUAGUGUAAAGUUUGGCCUUUAUCGAGUGGACAGAAGUGAUAGUGAGCUUCGCAGAAUACCGCGGGAAACAGCCUUUGUUUAUAAGGAAAUAAUAAAAACUCGACAGAUUGAUCACAACUAUUACCCCACUACAAAAGAAAUGACGAUAGAUGACGGACUUUAGUACCUACCUACCUAGUUUCUUAAUAAUAUUUUAUACCAAAAUGAAUACCUAGUUAGCUAAGUAGUUAGGUAAGUACUUAGUUACACAAAAGCAAGCAACGGGCUUGUCUUCCCUUUUAAUAUUUUUUAAUUUUGUGCUGAAACUUGUGUGUGAACCGGAUGGACCAAGUCGGAUAAGUUAUUAUAUAAGAAUAAUAAUAAAAUAUAACAACAGUU